GGAGCAGGUCAAUCAUAACGUGAAUUACAGCACUUCAGGAUUAGAUCGGGCCAGAGCGCAGCACUCGGCACAAGACAGCAGCUAUAGCAGAGUAUAGUACCUGCGAGCACACGCACAAAAAAAAAACUGAAACAGCGAAAGUAAGAGAGUGCUGAACUGCGGGAUAUAAUCAGUCACAAAAAUACGAGUCACCAAAAAGAGGAAAAACGGGAGUUUGUCAUGGACCUAGAAGACGUGGAGAGGAUUAUUCACAGUAUUAAGCAAGGUGAUCAGGACGCCAUCCUGGCGCAGCUCCAGAAAUAUAACGACGAGUAUUCCCUGUGCUUUUUCUUCAACGCAGAAGAGAGAGAGAAAAGGAAGCAACGUGAACUGGAGGAGUUCAGGCGCAAUAAAAUAAGAGAGUAUGUCCCUGACUCCGAUUCCGACAUUGACUCGGAGGACGCUGAGGACCCAGACCUCAUUCUAAGAGAGAAAUUGGCGGCCGCCCUGAUCCAGUUCGUAAGGUCCCUGUGCCAGCCGCGGAUCCUUAAGGUGUGCUUGCGCACCCUGCGCAUUCUGUCCAGGGACAGGCAGGCCCUGGGCCCCUUGCUGGCAGACAGUGCGCUGCUCACACUGGCCCGAUUGGGCGGCAUAAGUGCCCUCCCCCAGUCCGAGGUGGCAGAGGAGGGCAGUGACACAGACCCCUGGUGUGAGAUUGGCGGCGGUGGUCACUCUGCCAAUUCUGCUGACACAGAAUGCACUGUGGAAGUGGAUGGUGGUGGCACUGCUGAUGCUGAGGUUGACAGCUUCAUCUCCCCAGCUGAUGAUCCCAGCACCAGUUUAGAAACUGGUAACACUGAGAUCCAGUCGCCUGGGUCAGAUGUGAGCCACAAGAGUCAGGUACAGGAAGCCAGAGAGCCGCACGCUGUCGGAUACGGCACAGUGGAUGCUCAUGCCAUGGAGGUAGACCACAGCUAUGACGUCCCACAUGCCAGAAGGAACACCCAUGGGUGUCUCCUCCGAGGAAAGAGGGACCGCAUGGCGAAGGGGGACGAUGAGGAGGACAUGGAGGAGAGCGAGGUGUGGAGAAAGGAGGCAAUGAAGACUCUAUGCAACAUUGUCUACAACAGCCACUGGGCACAGGAGAGAGCCAGCGUACUGGGUCUAUUGUCAGGUUUAUCAGACCGACUUGUGCAAGGAAUUCACACUCUAGCACCUCCCUGUGGACAAUUUUAUGAACUGCGCCUCAUAUUUCUCCUGACGGCACUGAGGCCAGAGCUGAGAGCCCAGCUUCAAAAGGCAGGGGGCGUGUCCCUGCUAACGACUGCUCUGGAGCAGUGUUUGUUGGUGCAAUGGAAAGGUGAUCAUCACGUGCUGCUGGACCACACAUUACCUCCAGUCUCUUUGGAGCGAUCCCAGUGUGCCAUCGAGAUUCUGAAGAUCCUGUUCAACAUCAGUUGCUGUAUUCGCAGGCAGCCGCUCAACCAUGAAGGCACUACCCUCUAUCGCCACCUUGCUGCUAUUCUGCGUCACUGCAUGUUGUUGUCCUGUGCGACGCAGGAGAGGACAGAGGAACUGCAGAGCCACACAGUAAACCUGCUCUCUGCCCUCCCCUUGGAAUAUCUGGACGUGCUGCUGUCUGUGCCCCCGUCUGAGGGCUCACUGGAAUGGGAGGGCUUUAACAUGGACUGUGUCCAUAGCCUGCUUCUCUUUAUGGAGCGACACCUGCGGAGGAAUGAUAAAUUAAAGGAGAGACUGACACCGGUACUUAAUCUUCUAACUGAGAGCUGCCGGGUCCACAGAGAAACACGACGUUAUCUCAGGAAACAGAUCCUGCCCCCCCUGCGAGAUGUAGCCACUAGGCCGGAGCAGGGGGAGACUGUGAAGAGCAGGCUGGUCAGGCUGAUGACCCAUGUAGACACGGACGUCAAGCACUGCGCUGCCGAGCUGCUCUUUGUGCUCUGCAAGGAGAAUGUGAGCAGGUUUGUCAAGUACACCGGCUAUGGUAAUGCGGCAGGCCUGCUGGCUGCCCGGGGCCUGCUGGGAGCCAGGGGAAUGUUGGGAGUCCUGGUACACGGGACGAGUGGGCGGUACUCCAGCGACUCUGACUCUGAGACCGACGAGUACAGGCAGGCCAAGGGGAGGAUCAACCUGGUGACCGGGCGUGUGGAGGACAACCAGGCAGACCCAAUGGAGGGUAUGACUGAGGAGGAGAAGGAGGAAGAGGCCCGCAAGCUCUUCCACAUGUUCAGCAGGCUGACUCGCAACAAGAUUAUUGAGCCAGUGAGCGUGACUGAGGACGGGAGGCUGGCACCGCUAUGUGAACAGCUGAGGGAUGAUUCGUCAGCAGGGGACGACAGCGAAGGGGACACACGUUAAGGGCAUGGACUCAUGUCUACAUGUUCUACCUGAAGUGUUUUUUAAAAAAAAGAUACAUGAAGUGGAAGGAGAGAUCCACUGAAAACACUAUGAAAGAAAGAUUAGGGUUAUAAUGGAUCCAUUCCAAGGUUCUACUCUUAUCUAGUAAAGCUAACUAAAAUUUAAUUACUAUAAAAGUUUAAUGCAUGAGAGAAUACUG